AUGGGCAAUGUAAACGCUUUAGUAGUCGCAAUACUCUACGAUCAGUACGAAACGAUUACGACACGUUGGCUGAAUGUGGGUUGUUUUAAUUCAAAACAAUGGUCAUGCCGGUCCUUUCAUAAUCUGUGGAGCUUGGGCGAGGCAUGCGCGGUCGCGCGGUCGAUAUACGGUGACGUCAGAGACGACGAGCCUCAGUCAGGCACCGCCGGCCAGAGCGCGAACAUGUGGCUGCAAUGCUUGGCCGCCACGGUGCUCGUAGCCAGCGUUUCCAGCGUCGCUACCCGCGAGGUCUUCACCAACUCCUUCUUGGUCCGCUUUAAGAGGUCCCUAAACCACGAGGAGGCCCAUGAGGUCGCCCGCAACCACGGCUUUGACAACCUAGGACCGGUGCUGGGCUCGGACACGGAGUGGCACUUCACUCACCGCGGUCUCCCGCACGCCCGGCCGCGUCGCUCCAUCACUCAUGCGCGUCUACUGAAACAACAUCCUCUGGUGCAUACAGCAGUGCAACAAACAGGUUUCAAGCGUGUGAAACGCGGUUUCCGUCUACUGAGAGUACCCGAACCGCUCCCAGCAGCUGAGCCACGCGACCCCUACUUCCCCUUACAAUGGUACCUCAAGAACACCGGACAGAACGGGGGCAAGCCCAAGCUGGAUCUGAAUGUAGAGGCUGCUUGGGCACAGGGGUAUACUGGGGUAAAUGUAACCACCGCCAUCAUGGAUGAUGGCGUAGAUUACAUGCAUCCGGACUUGAAAUACAACUACAACGCAGAGGCGUCGUAUGACUUCAGUAGUAACGACCCCUACCCCUACCCGCGGUAUACUGACGACUGGUUUAACAGCCAUGGUACACGAUGUGCCGGGGAGGUGGCUGCAGCGCGCGACAACGGCGUUUGCGGUGUCGGCGUUGCUUAUCACUCUAAAGUUGCUGGUAUCCGUAUGUUAGAUCAACCGUACAUGACGGAUCUGAUAGAAGCCAACUCUAUGGGCCACGAGCCUCACAAGAUCCACAUCUAUAGCGCAUCUUGGGGACCUACUGAUGACGGCAGAACUGUUGAUGGACCGAGGAACGCGACUAUGAGGGCAAUUGUACGUGGAGUCAAUGAGGGUCGUAAUGGAUUGGGCAACAUUUACGUGUGGGCGAGCGGCGACGGCGGAGAAGACGACGACUGCAACUGCGACGGAUACGCGGCCUCCAUGUGGACUGUAUCUAUAAACAGUGCUAUAAAUGACGGACAGAACGCGCAUUACGACGAAUCCUGCUCGUCAACACUGGCUAGCACGUUCAGCAAUGGUGCUCGGGACCCUAGCACGGGGGUAGCUACCACAGAUUUGUACGGCAAGUGCACAGCAACUCACUCCGGAACAUCCGCCGCUGCGCCGGAAGCCGCGGGAGUAUUCGCACUCGCCCUACACGCUAAUCCAAGUCUAACGUGGCGUGAUAUUCAACAUUUAACGGUGCUAACAUCAAAGAGAAAUUCAUUGUAUGACGCAAAGGGUCGUUUCCACUGGACUAUGAAUGGGGUGGGUCUCGAGUUCAACCAUUUGUUUGGUUUCGGUGUGCUCGACGCCGGCGCCAUGACUGCGCUAGCGGCCAACUGGCGAUCCGUACCGCCAAGGUAUCAUUGUGAGGCUGGCUCCGUUAAUACUCACACUGAGAUCCCGCAAGACGGCAGCGUGACUUUGCGCAUAGAGACGGCGGCGUGCGCGGGCAGUGGCAGCGAGGUGCGGUACUUGGAGCACGUGCAGGCGGUGGUUAGCGCCAACGCAAGCCGCCGCGGUGACCUCGAGUUCUUCCUCACCAGUCCUAUGGGCACCAGGUCAAUGAUCCUGAGUAGGCGCUCCAACGACGAUGAUUCCAGGGACGGCUUUACCAAGUGGCCUUUCAUGACUACCCACACGUGGGGCGAAUACCCACAAGGAACUUGGACAUUGGAGGCGAGGUUCAACGGUGGUUCAGGACCAAGUUCAGCGUCAGGAUGGCUGCGUGGAUGGUCUCUGGUGCUGCACGGCACCCGCGCGCCGCCCUACGCUCAACUGCAACCAGAGGAUCCCAACUCCAAGCUGGCCGUUGUGAAGAAAGCUCACGAGGACAACGCCCUUACUAAAUAGAUCUUGUAACUUGAUUGUAAUUAGAUUUAUUUGUUCAUCACGACAGAAGGACAGGCAAAUCUAAUUGCAAGGAACUAAAGCUCUUUGCUGUAUUUAUUAGUGGGGAACUAGAAGAUAGUUAUUCGAUCUGACCAUUGCUAAAACCUCAAGUGUUAACACACUGAGCAACUCUCGUUAUAAUCUCUUCGUCUACUAUGAUUUCUUUGCGUUAAACUGUCGCCAACCGUUGUCCAAAAUUAGUGGGCUGGUUUGGUAAGAUUAUGUUGGUAGUUGCUAGUUUUCUUUACCAAACUUCUUUCUUUAAAAUUUUAUUGUUCCUAAAAAUUCAAACUUUUUUUAGAAACACCAUGGAAAGAUCUAACUCGU